AACCUAGUUUAAUGUAUAACAUUGAGCUGGUAAAAGAAAAUAAAAGAGAAAGUACUUUCCAAUUGAAUUUUUGUGGUCAUGAUGAAAGAUUGAGACAUAUUAUAUAUUGCAAAACAACUAAAAUGGUCCGUUGUUCGUGUCUCAUGUUUGAAUUCAAGGGCAUUCCAUGCCGACAUAUCUUGGCAUAUCUUAAAAUUACCAAUCAUAGUGAGUUACCGGAGCAAUAUAUUCUAAGAAGAUGGUGCCGAAAUGUCAGAAAAAAGGUUGUUCUUAGAGAUGGUAAUAUUAUUGGAGAUAAUGCCACAAUUAAUUUUGCUUCUCGUUUUAGUGAACUAAAUUGCUUAGCCAAUGAAAUGGUUGAAGAGGGGCUAUCUUCUAAUGAUGCAUAUGAAUUAAUGCGUGCAAUGAUGAUGUAUGCUAUUAAUAAGGUGCAACAUUUGAAACUCAUCAAUGAUGAAGAAAUUGGACAAUAUGUGGAAGGACAAUAUAUGAAUGCGGAGUGCUCUCAAGAUAUGGUUCAUGAACCAAGUCAAGCAAGAACAAAAGGAAGGCCUAAGGGGAAGAGGUUAAAGCCAUCGAGAGAGAUCCGCAAAUGUCGGCCUAGGAAAUGCAAAUUGUGUGGAAAGAGAGGACAAAAUCAUUAUAGCAGAAAUUGCCCUCUAAAGUUGUCAAGUGAUUCAAUGGAACAAGAUAAUAUUGAUGAAGCCACUGAUGAUUUAGAAGAUUCCUGUGAGGAAGAUGAAGUUCUCACUAUUGAGUGAAGUUUGAUCAAGGUUGGCAGAGCAAAUCUAUAAAAUUAAACAGG